AUGCGUUUCAAUUUCAAUCUUUGUUUCAUCUUUGCCGCACUAGCGGCAGAUGUCAUCGCUACCCCUAUCGACACUCAGUCUGACUCUUCAGUCAGUCCUAGUGUCGAACCUGUCCUUGUCGGCCGCGGUCUCCCGCUUUCUGAAGGUGGUUGUUUCCACGGACGAACUGCCCGCUCCUUGGACGAAGAGGCCCCCUGGAAUGGCGGAAGUGUCGGUUGCACCUACUACCCCGAAGGUCCUUACCCCAAGGUCAAGAAGUACAAGUUGUUCCCCGGUGAGCAAGGUGCUGCUAUUCAGAACAUCUCCAUCACCGCCAAGAUUGCGUCCAUGGAUCCCCUUCAGAUCAGAAUGACUGUCAACAACACCACUCCUCUGCCCAUCACCUUCUGGAAGGAGUGGUCUCCUCUUAGCAAGCGCGGUUGGGAACUCGGAUACUUCUCCAUCGAGACCGAGAUCUGGGGACAGUUCUUUGGCCGGGUCGGUGAGAAGUACCGCAUGGCUACUCUGGGUCGCUGGGAUUUGCCCAAGCGCCCCGACAUUGGCGAACUGGUCCAGCUUGACCCCGGUGAUUCACUAUCUGAGAUUGUGACCAUCCCGUACUGCGAACCCAAGAAGGGCUCCGAGGUUUGCAAGCCUUUCAUGUGGGAACGAUGGACGGAGAUGCUCCGACUUGCGGGUAUCAAGCGCAUCUUCAUCCAGGGAGAUUGGUACGGUGUCUGGGCCCAGCCGAAGCAGGAGGUCAUGGCCAACAUGACUGACUACCCCAUGGACGGUUACUGGACUCGCUGGUGGUCCAAGAACGUUCUGUUCCCUACAGAGGAGCAAGACGAGGAGUUUGGGACCUAUCUUCCCCUCGACGAGCCUUGGUACACGACCGAUGCUUCCUUUGGACGUAACAAGCGGGAGAAGAGCAAGAAACAUCCAAUCAAGAUCUUCAUUAAUGGCAAGGAAGCCAACGUGACGAUGACCGAGUCGGAUUAA